CAGCACAUCCGCGUGCACACCGGCGAGAAGCCGUACAAGUGCUCCUACUGCGACCGCCGCUUCAAGCAGCUCAGUCACGUGCAGCAGCACACGAGGCUCCAUACAGGCGAGCGGCCCUACAAGUGUCACUACGCCGAGUGCGGCCGCGCCUUCAUCCAGCUGUCGAACCUGCAGCAGCACCUGCGGAACCACGACACGCAGAUCGAGCGCAUGAAGAACCGGCCCUUCCACUGCCAGAUCUGCGGCAAGGGCUUCGCCACUGAGAGCAGCCUGCGCACGCACACCACCAAGCACGCGGCGCUGAUCGGUGGUCCGAACGCCGUCAACUGCCCCAUGUGCCACAAGAUGUAUCUGGGCGGCGCAGCACUCAUGGAGCACAUGAAGCACGUGCACAAGGACCCGAACGCCUCGGGCGUAGCAGCCAAACGGAGGACGCCCAACCACCCGUGCCCGAUAUGCGGCAAGCAGUACGUCAACGAGGGCUCGCUGCGGAAGCACAUGACCACGCACCCCGAGGCGGCAGGCCUGGCGUCGCCCCUGCGCAUGUGGCCCUGCUCCGUCUGCCAGGCUGUCUUCACACACGAGUCGGCGUUCCUGACUCACAUGGACCACAUGCGGAUGGACCCCAAGCACCAGUUCGCCGCGCAGUACGUCCUUUCUCGUGCUGCCGCCGAGCGGCGAGAGCGCGACACUCUGCUUGCCGCAGCGGCCGCCGCCGCAUCAUCCUCCAUGAGCAUGGGCAUGAAUGGCCACAUGUUCCCCAACAUGUCGAUCCCGGGGAUGCCGAGUAUGGGCAUGGGUAGCACGGCCAUGACGAGCGCCGGUACGUCGCUGACGACGGCCGCGUCGGCCGCGUCUCCGUCGGCGCACUCGGACUCCUCGUCGCGCAUCUCGACGCCCGCCGACGCCAAGCUGGAGCCGCGCGUCCAUGCGCCGCCACCGCCGCCGCGGAUGGAGCCGGCAAGCGCGCAGCGGCUGGGCAUGCUGAACCGGCUGGGCAUGACCCACCCGAUGGUGUCGCACGCGCCGCCGGCCUCGUCGGCGCCGCCCCCGCAGCGGCCCACCGACAGCAUGCGCGCAAUGAUCCAGCAGACGCAGGCCGAGCUGGUCAAGUCAACACUCAGCUCGCAGGCGGAGAGCGCGCGCUCGCUGGACGUGCUGCGCUCGCUCACCACACAGGCUGAGACCAUGAUGGUGCAGCCUGACUUCCGUUUCCUGCAGGCUGACCUGGCCAUGCGCUCGUCGCACGAGGUGCGGCCAGAAGGAGCCGGUGGUCCCGGGCCCGGCGCCGGCGCCGGCCUGCUGCAAGGGGACCAGCUGAGCGAGGCGCUUCGGCUGCAAGAGAGUCUGCGACUACAUCACGACCCGCGCGCGCCGCUCGGCUUCCUGCAAACGUCCCAGCCCAACUGA